AUGGCAUUGAGCAUUUUGAUGAAGAUAAAAAUGGACAUAUUGCUGUCGAGUACUUCUCAAACCUCUUUCUGUCUUCAGUCACCUACAAACCCAUCAGAGUUGCUGAAGGGUUUUACGUCUAGAGUUACUGAUAUGAUGAAUCAAAACCUUACCAGGCCAGUCUCGGAUAAUGACAUCCGUAAGAUAGUGAAAGCAGUCAAAAGCGAUAGUGCUCCUGGAGCUGAUGGAAUGACAGACAAAUUCUUUCAACAUUUCUGGAUCAUCACGGGAGUUCAGCAAGGACACCACUGGGAUCGCUCGAUCACCACACUUGUACGAGAUGAGUUUGAAAUCAUCUGUCUUAAUCGGAUGAAAGGAAUGGUGUGUCAAGCAAAGAGGAAAGGCAUACGACCAGCUUGGAUUGGAGAUACAUUGUGGAAAAAAAUGUGCGCUUACUGGGCCACUGAUGCAGCCAAGAAAAAGAGUGAAACCGCAUCAAACAGUAGGAACUCUGACCGUGGUGGACUUGGGCCAUUCAAGCACUUCGCAGGACAAAUGUCCUUCUUACGGAUUCAGCAAAAUAUGGAAGCAGAAUUGGGCAGACCUGUCAGUAUUGGAGAAGUGUUUUUAAAGACUCAUACUAAGGCUGAUGGGACAUUUAGUGAUCUGAAGGCUGAGCAGAUCGCCCAAGCUUAUGAAAAGAAAUUAGAUGAGAAGAUGUCCCAGGUUGAACAAGACGUGUGUGUGAAUGGUGGUGAUAGUUCUUACAUUCCUGAGCUUUCACCAGCUGAAAUGAAUGAGAUCUUUCUUGAGACUACUACUUUGGAUAUGAGAGGACAUGAGUAUGGACUUGGUAGCCUUCUUCCACUAUAUGGCAACAAAAAGAGAAAAGGAGGUCCUGGAACUUCAACUUCUUCUGCAUUUGCACACUUGCAACAACAACUUGAAGCUUCUCAACGUCUAAUUGAAGAGCAAGCAGCGGCAAAUACUCGACGUGAUGCUGAAACCGCAGCAGCCAAUGCUCGACGUGAUGCUGAAACAGCAGCUCGAGAUGCAGAGCAUCAAAGCCAGAUCAAUACUUUGAAGAUGCUGCUCACCUAUAUGCAAGGUAAAGACCCAUCAUUCUCGGAGUUUAUGAUCGCAGCGUCUGCAUCUGCGACAACUACUCCUAUGCCAUAA